AUGCCCGUCUUUAGCGGUAAUUACCUGGAGUGGCAAUCGUUUUUUGACCUGUUCGACAGCUUGGUUCACAAAAAUCCAACGCUGAAGAACAGUCAAAGACUGUAUUUUCUAAAGACGAACCUCGCUGGUGAAGCUGCUUCCUUGAUUUCGCAUCUGAAAAUAGAGGACACUAAUUACCAACCGGCGCUGCAAAAACUGAAAGCCAGGUAUGACAAACCACGUGAGAUCGCCAAUCAGCACAUAAAGCGAUUCUUGGCGCAGCCAACGCUGACGUCAUCCUCUGCACAUGGUCUACGAUCGCUACAUGACGUGUCAGAUGAGGUUAUUCGUGCUCUCAACGCGAUGGACAGAGAAGACCGCAACACGUGGCUCCUGUUCAUCCUAAGCGAAAAGGUGGAUCCAGAUACGAAACAGUUGUGGUGUCAAAAGAUUGCCGAAAUGGAAGAGGCAGAAAUUACGCUGGAGCGUUUCCUGAAAUUCGUCGAGUCACGUAGUUUUGCUCUUCAAUCAGCACAAACAGCCAAGCCGAAAACUAGUGUACCCUUCAAAGAACCUUCAAAGCCUCAGCCUCAAUCAAGAAGUGCCACCGCAUUCGUCGCCACGAACCCUCCGUUCUGCAACGUGUGCUGCAAACAAAAUCACCAUCUUUACCAAUGUGGAAAGUUCCUUCAUAUGAGCCACAACGAACGACUCUCGCACGUCAACAGGAAAAAACUGUGCAAUAAUUUCCUGAAAGUACACCCCGGUGAGAGCUGCAAAUCAGGUACGUGUAGGAAAUGUGGCUUACCUCACCACUCCUUGCUACACCCGGCGUCGUCAUCAGCAAGCCCACCAUCAUUCCCAACAUCUUCAGUCACGGCCCAGGCAAAUCCAGGGACAUCAGCUCAGUCCUUGAUUUCGGCCCUCGACUCACCAUCCUGCCUCGAUACAUCCAACAUUCUGCUUGCAACCGUCGCCAUCAACGUCUUGGAUGUCCACGGACGCCCACACGCCUGCCGUGCCGUAUUGGAUUGCGCGUCCCAAGUCAGUUUCAUUAGUGAAAGCUUCUGUAAACAACUUGGCCUCAAAACGAUAGCAGCCGACAUGGAUCUCGAAGGAAUUUCUUCCACUCUCGCGCACGCUGACAAGUGUGCCGAAAUCAUCGUCUCCUCUCGUUGCUCGGAUUACCGCACCUCUGUAUCAUGCGUGGUAUUGGAAAAAAUCACCAGAAUGUUGCCCGGCAAACCGGCGAAUAUCGACGAUUGGUCUAUGCCUGGAUCGAUACACCUAGCCGAUCCCCUCUUCCACCGCCCGGGUAAGGUAGAAGUAUUACUGGGUAUCGAACUUUUCUUUCAACUUCUCGAGCCUGGCAAAAUUGCUAUCAGUGCCGACGGCAGCUUACCAACACUGCAAAACACCAAACUCGGCUGGGUGGUUGCUGGUCGUUAUCAAGAGCCGAACACAUCGAGAGGUUCUCAAGUGUCGACUUGCCUAUUGGCUUCUACCGAAGACGAUCUCUCUCAGCAGCUACGCAAGUUCUGGGAACUCGAGGAGUAUGCCGUCGCAUCUAAACAUCUCACCGAAGAAGAGCAACGAUGCGAACAACACUUUGCAGAACACACCUACCGAAAUGAAUCGGGCAAGUUUGUUGUCCGUCUUCCUUUCUUGCACGAUCCCAACCAGCUAGGGGAGUCGAGGCAAAUUGCGGAAAAAAGAUUCCACCACAUCGAGAAAAAACUUGUUCAUGCAUCUUUCUCGCGGGGCACAUUUCCUGACCAGCUUCAGGUGAACCCUCUCUGGUGGCAUGGGCCCGCCUGGGAACCAUCGUAUAUGGACAGUGAAUCAUCAACUAUAACCGACGAUCUCGACACUGAUGAACAACGACAAACAGAAAGGGAGCAGCGAGUUACUGCAAUGACAUGCAUCGCAGUGUACGAAAAUCGAUUUAUGGACGAAAUGAUGAAAAGAUUUUAUCCUAAUCUGAAGCUACUAUUGCGUACGACCGCCCGAAUGCUUCGUUUUAGGUACCCUGAGUUCCGGAACUUCUCUCGACUCUCUUCAGAUGAACUCGACUACGCUCUGCAAAAGUAUGUGCAACACAUACAGCAACAACAUUUCUCCGGAGAUCUCAGUCGAUUACAACGAGGUCUCAGCGUUACUCGAAGCAGUCCGUUACACCAACUCAAACCGUUUCUUGACGAAAACGGUGUCGCCAAGGUGGGCGGAAGGCUACAGCAAUCGGAUUUUAGCUACGACAACAAACAUCCAAUCUUGCUGCCUCGACAUUCAAUCUUGACGUCACUCAUCCUGCUACACGAGCACCAAGAGCAUCUGCAUUGUGGUCCUCAGUCGUUGUUAGCAGCUUGUCGCACACGGUUCUGGAUACUGCGAGGUAUUAGUGCUGCUCGUAAGGUGUGUCGUGAUUGUGUGAUCUGCAGUCGAGCCCUGCCAGCACGUAUCACUCAACAGAUGGGACAGUAUCCAGUGGACCGUUUGAAGCCAUUUCCACCAUUUACCAUCACUGGUGUUGAUUACGCCGGUCCGGUGAACCUUGUAGGACGUCGACGCCGAGGUGCAGUACCAUCGAAGGGAUACAUUGCGCUCUUCGUCUGCUUUGGGACAAGAGCAGUGCAUCUGGAGGCAGUCUCGGACCUAAGUGCAUCAGCAUUUCUCGCCGCCUUCACACGAUUUACUAGUCGGUAUGGAGUACCAAGCAAAAUGUACUCUGACAACGCUACGAAUCUCCGGGCAGCGGCGAAGAAACUUCGAGAACUCUACCAGCAGAUCGACUUUACCGAACACAGCGAUGAGGUCAACGAUUUUCUCACCAACAAAAGAGUACAAUGGCUCUUCAUACCCGCUCGAUCUCCCCACCACGGCGGGCUAUGGGAAGCUGGUAUCAAGGUUGCGAGAGGGUUUCUCAGCAAGACUGGAGAGGUCAACCAUCUCGAGCAGCAGAUGAGCGCGCUUUCGAGGUGGAACUAUGUUCAGCGUCUCGCCCAGGACUUCCGAGCACGAUGGCAAUCCGAGUAUGUGCUGUCGCUCCAAAGGAUGGCGAAAUGGCAAGCAUCAUCCCCCAAUGUUGCCGUAGGUGACUUCGUACUACUCGUUGACGACCACGAGAAACCGCAGCAAUGGCCCUUGGGACGUAUUCUGGAGCUUUUCCCCGGGAGCGAUGGACUCGUCCGAGUUGUCUCGGUUAAAACGGGCAACAACACCUUCCGCCGAGACGUCAGGAAGCUGCGACGAUUCCCUCUCGACAGUGACGAGUACUUGCCAGGACAAAACGGGUCGGAAAUUCCUACUCGUAAUUGCUUGACCAAAAACAUCGACGAUAUGGUGCAGUGCGGAGGGUCGUGUGGCGGAUGGUUCCACUAUGGGUGCGUCGGAUUCGAUGACGGGAUGAAACCGGAGCAGUGGAAGUGUUCGGACUGUACCACCAAUAAUGUGGUUAAUAACCCAUCAGUGGUAAGCGGUUCAGCAGCGAGUUCUGCUUCAGCGGGAAUUCUCCCAAGUGGUUCAUUGACGUCAUCUGCGAACGUAAAUCCGACAACGUCUCACGCGAUCGGAAAACAAAUGAGACGUAACCUCAACCUGCUGAAGGAACAGCAUUUCAUUCUGCUGAAAGAGAUGGAGCUGGAACAACAAACGAAACUCCAGCGAAAGAAAUUGGAGUUGGAGAAAGAAGCGUGGCGAGAGUUGGUCGACAAGCUUCCGGCUCACUUGAUGCUGGACUGGUCCUUGUACAAACGGCAGUUCCUGGGGGCGGAUUUGCGUGCAUUUGGUGCGUUCAUGACGAAUUUGGUUUCUGCAGCGGCCGAAGAGACUUUGACGCUGGACGUUGGUGGAUCGAAAGCAGGAAGAACAGAGAAGGCGAAAGGGUUCAUCAAUGCUCAUUCAAAUACAUCAGCAGCAAAGGAGUCGGUGAAUGCGCAGCAACAGCAGUCAAAGGAAGGAGGUUUUUCGGUGCGAUGUUUAGUCUGCGAAUCACAAAGUGAAGGAGUACGAGCUGUUCAAGCAGAUGAGUGGAGAGAACAAAUGGAAAGCUGUUCAAAUGCACCAGCUGUGUCGCGUGUGCCUCGGCAAGCAUGGUAG